UCAAAAAAACGCCACCUAUGGUAACUAUGGUAACCCUUGGUGGCGUUGCGUUUUGACGUAGUAUUGAGUAGGGUGGUGUGCGGAUUGGGACGCGGCCGCGCUGUGAAGCAGCGGCCCUUCCUGUUUGCACGCGCUGCCGUAUCGCGAGCCACAGUGACGCCGGACGCGCAGCGCUCGAGCAUGUCUGCGUCCGUCCAACGCGCGAGCGGCGAGCUUGUGUGCUUUCCUACGUGAUACCGUAACCGAGACAUGUCGGAUUUAUACCGCCGAGCUGUUCAGUUCCUGUUGUUUUUUGUCUGAAAUGAAUUAUUAGCACGUCGUAUAGCCGUGUCGUUUCUCUCUUUCGUUUUUUCGCAGCCACGAGCCUGUCAAUGAUUAGUGUCGCAGGCGCGCGCGCUCAUGGCGGAGACUAAGAUCAUCUAUCACAUCGAUGAGGAGGAAACUCCUUAUUUAGUCAAACUCGCCGUUUCUCCCGACAAAGUCACGCUCGCAGACUUCAAAAAUGUGCUCAGCAAUCGGCCCGUCAAUAGCUACAAAUUCUUCUUCAAGUCCAUGGACCAGGAUUUCGGGGUGGUCAAAGAGGAGAUCUCUGACGAUAACGCCAAGCUGCCCUGCUUCAACGGAAGAGUGGUGUCCUGGUUGGUGCUGACUGAAAGCACACACUCAGAUGGCGGAUCUCAGUGCCCAGAGAGUCACGCCGAGCUGCCGCCCCCGCUGGAGCGAACAGGAGGCAUCGGAGACUCAAGGCCCCCCUCAUUUCAUGCCAAUGCGGUGAGCAGUCGUGAUGGACUAGACACAGAGACAGGCACAGAGUCUCUUGUGAGCCAGCGCAGGGAGAGGGAGCGCGAGAGGAGCCGCAGGGCACGGGACAACAAGCUCCCUCGGUUAAACGGCCACUCGAAGGCCGAGCGUGCUAAUCGCGACUCGGCCAUGGGCUACGACAGCACUUCCAUGAUGAGCAGCGAGCUGGAGUCUAGCUCCUUCAUCGACAGUGAGGAAGAUGAGGAUGCCAGCAGAUUGAGCAGCUCCACAGAACAGAGCACUUCUACUCAACUCAUGCGCAGGCACAAGCGACGACGACGGAGACAGAAAGUAGCCAAAAUGGACAGGUCCUCAUCAUUCAGCAGCAUAACAGAUUCCACCAUGAGCCUCAACAUCAUCACAGUCACUCUCAACAUGGAGAAGUACAAUUUUCUGGGCAUCAGCAUCGUGGGACAGAGUAAUGACCGAGGAGAUGGAGGCAUAUACAUCGGCUCUAUAAUGAAAGGUGGCGCCGUAGCAGCCGAUGGCCGAAUUGAGCCUGGAGACAUGUUGCUGCAGGUGAAUGAUGUGAACUUUGAGAACAUGAGUAAUGACGAUGCUGUACGGAUUCUGCGGGAAAUCGUCUCCAAGCCUGGACCCAUAAGUCUCACAGUGGCUAAGUGCUGGGACCCAUCUCCUCGCAGUUACUUCACCAUCCCCAGAGCGGAGCCCGUAAGACCGAUCGAUCCUGCUGCCUGGAUUACUCACACAACUGCACUGACUGGAACUUAUCCACACUACGAGCUGGAUGACUUGCCUCUCUCAGCUAGUAAAACUGAAAUGGCCACAAUAGUGAAAGUGAUGCAGCUGCCAGAUUCAGGUCUGGAGAUCAGGGACCGGAUGUGGCUUAAGAUCACCAUAACUAAUGCUGUCAUUGGUGCUGAUGUGGUGGACUGGCUGUAUUCACGGGUAGAAGGCUUCAAGGACCGGCGUGACGCCCGAAAAUACGCCAGCAGUUUGUUGAAACACGGCUACCUGAGACACACUGUCAAUAAGAUCACUUUCUCGGAACAAUGCUACUACACAUUUGGAGAUCUGUGCCAAAACAUGGCCACUCUGAACCUGAAUGAUGGAUCUAGUGGUGGUGGUUCAGAGCAAGACACUCUUGCCCCUCUUCCUCCAGUGGGUCCUAACCCAUGGCCUGCAGGUGGGCAGCCGUACCCGUAUCCAGGCUACCCAAACCCACCGCCCGGGUUCCCACCUGGAUACUCAGAGCCCUGCCACAGUUUCCACAGCGGAAGUGCCGGCAGCCAGCAGAGUGAAGGCAGUAGAAGUAGCGGCUCUAACCCCAGCGCAGGUAAAGGAAGAAGGCCCUCUCCUCGAGACAAGGAGCUCAGGUCGACAUGCUGCGUGGGAACAGACUCUGAACCAGUUCAAUGGCCUGGCGUUCAGGGCCAGAGAGCACCCAGUCAGCUGAGUCAUCACAGUCACACCCGUUCCUGCACCAGUCAAACCUGCUCCGGGCACAGCCAUGCUGCAACCCAGCGGAGUCACAGUGUGUCCCAGCACAGCCAUGCAUCUUUCUCUUAUAGCCACGCCCCCUUUACUCAGCUUGGCCACGCAUCCUGUGCACACAGUGAGAGGAGCCACGCCUCCUCGUACGGCCCCCCAGGCCUUCCUCCUCCGUACUGCCUAGCACGGCUGGCUCCUCGAGCCACUGUGAGCAGCGGUCCUCCUGGAGCUCCGCCCGUGCGUGAGUUAGCAAGCAUCCCUCCAGAGCUCACAGCGAGUCGGCAGUCUUUUCAGCACGCUAUGGGUAACCCUUGUGAAUUCUUUGUUGAUAUUAUGUGACAGGCACAGUGCCUUUUACUUUUAAAGAGCACAAAUCCUUCAUACUCCCCUUUGCUCUCUUAAAUUCCUGCUACUGACGAUCCCAGCACUGAGAAUGUACCCACCAUCUUCCCUCAGUGGAGGAUACUAAAAAAAAAAAAAACAGCACAGACUUCUGCACUGGCAAAGCAAACAACAUGAUGAUAGACUUUAGCUGUUGAAAUGGCUGCUGUUGGAUAGUUUUUGGCCCAGUGCAGAGCUCCACUCCGGUAUAUUGAGUGUAUCCACUCUAUCAGAAAUGAACCGGAAGCCAAAGUUCGCACUUACAGCUCAAACUUUGUAGCUCAUCUGCAUUUGGACAAAACAGCAGGUGAUAUUCAGAUGCCAAGUCAAGUCAGUCUAACAAAACACAAUUUCAAUAAAUAAAUGCCUAGAAGUGAGAGAUACUAAGUUUGCAUUUUACAGACAUCUUCAGUGAGUUUGGCACUUAGUGUAAAAUUUAGCACACAUGGCUGCUGAAGUUCCUCGGAAAAGUCAUAAGUUGUAAAUGUUGUCUAGAAGUAUUGAUGCGUUUGUCCUUGUUAUUUGAAAUUCAUAAUGUACUCACAAUGUCCAAGUGACAAUCAGUCAUACACACAGUCUGACUUGUGAUGUGUGGUGUUAAAUGGCAUCAUUCUGCCAAAUUGCUCAGAAACCCUUUUACAGGAAUAUUUUGCCUCUCUGACACAAUGAACUCAUGUCAGAUUAAUUCCACGUAUUGUAAUGUGCAAUAAAGCAUUGCUCAGACAGUCAAGGUCUAGAGAGCAGGAAACAGCUUUUAGGGCUCAGUUUGAUGAGGUCAUAUAUACUAGUUGGAAUUAAAUAUUCCCAUCAUAUGAUCAAAUUGGCAGACAUUAAGCUGUGUUUCACUUUUUUGUAAAACAAAUGAAGUUGUUUUGAUUUGGAUGAAAAGACUUGUUUUGUGGGGACGUUUUCUGGUAAAGUGGUGAAGUCUAAAAAUGAGUUUUUAACCUUUUUACCCAGGUCUCAGUGGGAAACAUCAAAAGUGUCAUUUUAACUCUUAAAGCACUUUUAACAGCGUUACCUGUUUGGCCCUUUAGUAUAAAACACUGUUUGUAACGGAAGCUAUUUACUUUAUUUCUUCAAGUAAAGAAGAAUAACAAAUUGUACAUAAUGGAACAAAAUAUAUAUAUUAUAUAAUUGAAAAAGAAUAAAUAAAAUAUAUGGGUUAA